GUUGGCCAUCGCUUUCUCCAAUAUAUCUCUGAUUUUGAGACCAGUGUUAAAAGACUCUCUGCAACUUUAUCCAUCCGACUGCCGUCCCUCUGACUUCCACUCCUAACCUUAGUCUGCCAUUUGUGUUGUAUUUUAUUAAAAAAAAAAACCGCGCGCUCGAACCGAGAGAGAGAGAGAGAGGUCGAGGACUCGACGCACACACACACGACACCGUUCAAGAUGAUGAUGGUCAAUGCUCUGCGUAGCGCUUCGGCGCAGUCGGCUGCCUCGACGGCGCUCCGUGCCAUGUCCACUGGCAGCAACGACAUGAAGGUGGCGGUGCUGGGUGGUGCUGGCGGUAUUGGCCAGCCCCUCUCCAUGCUCAUGAAGAUCUCCCACCCCCCGGCCCACGUCUCGGAGGUGGCCGUCUACGAUCUCGCCCAUGCCAAGGGUGUCGCCGCUGACCUCAGCCACAUUGAUACCCCCUCCAGCUGCCACGGUUACGUCGGCAACGAGGAGCUCGGCGCCGCGCUGACUGGCUCGAAGAUUGUCAUCAUCCCCGCUGGUGUGCCCCGCAAGCCCGGUAUGACCCGUGACGAUCUGUUCAACACCAACGCCUCGAUUGUCAAGUCGCUGGCCGAGGCCUGCGCCAAGUACUGCCCCGAGGCCUGCAUUGCCAUCAUCUCCAACCCCGUCAACAGCACGGUCCCCAUUGCCGCCGAGGCCCUGAAGAAGGCCGGUGUCUACGACCCCCGCAAGCUCUUUGGUGUCACCACCCUCGAUGUUGUGCGCGCCCGCACCUUUAUCGGCCAGAACAAGGGCUUUGACCCCCAGUCGAUCAACGUCCCCGUCAUUGGCGGCCACGCCGGUGGUACCAUCCUUCCCCUGCUCUCCCGUGUCGAGCCCUCUUGCUCCUUCUCCGAUGAGGACCGUGAUGCCCUCACGGACCGCAUCCAGAACGGCGGUACCGAGGUUGUCCAGGCCAAGGCCGGUGCCGGUUCGGCCACCCUCUCCAUGGCCUGGGCCGGUGCCCAGUUUGCCUUUUCCCUCAUCCGCGCCCUCAAGGGCGAGAAGGGCAUUGUCGAGUGCGCCAUGGUCGAGUCGGACGUGACCGAGUGCCAGUACUUCAGCACCCCCAUUGAGCUCGGCGUCAACGGCAUUGAGCGCAACCUCGGCCUGGGCGAGCUCAGCGACUACGAGAAGCACAAGCUCGACACCGAGGUCAUCCCCGAGCUCAAGGCCUCCAUCGAGAAGGGCAUCAACUCUUGGAUGGCGCAGGUGACUGGCGUAGAAUUGGGAGGAGGUGGAGGAGGAAGUGGAGGGGAGGAGCGGAGGGUUGACUGUGGGGACGAGCGGCCUCGCAGGGGGGUGAACACGAGGCGGGGGCUGCGGCUCGCGCGUAGCGGCCAACGGUUCGCGGCUCACCGUUUGGCUCACUCACUACCGAUCUGCCCGUCCCAGCUGGCCGUCUCGCAGUACCGAAACACCCUGCUGCAUAUUGCGGAAGCCUUUAUGCAGGACGUGAACCAGGUGCCGUACCCCGUCGACGUCGCCGAUCGACUGCUGGCCCAUGCCUAUCGACACCCUGCUAGUACGACUGCUGUGAGCACCGUUGCCAGCCUCGUCAACGCCCGCGACUCGCGCCUCGGUCGGAUGUUUGUGGAUGGCCUGGCCUCAAGCCUUCGUCAUGCGCUCGCAGGCCGCCAGUUUGAUCGGCUGGCCAACCUGCUGCUUCUGGCCGGUGACUGCUGCAACGCCUGCUCUUUGACCCCGGAAGCCCUCGUGUCCAUGGUCCUUGAUCUCCUGGAAGCCCUGGCCGCCAACGCCGACCUCCACCCUGCCGAUCGACUCGAGAUUUUGCUGGCCCUCGUCGAAUUGAUGGUCCUCUGCAGCCGCGACCUCAGCAAUCGGCUCAAUUUUCACCCCGCACCUCACCGCCACUGCAUCACCAACAGAACCUGUCCUGCUGCAGCCCCAGGAACAACAGACCUUCUGAUUGAGCCUGCAGGCAUUGCGGCCACGGCCCUGCACUGUCUCAAACACUUUGAACAGCAAUCUUGGCGUGAAACGCUCGUUCAUCGCCCCUACAUCCACUUUGCUGCUGAACUAUCUGAUGGCUACCAGCACGAGAUGGUGGUCAAGUGGGACGUCGAAUCAGCCGUCACCACAGGUCCUCGGCAAGAGUCUGGCUUUGACCUUCGAGCUGGCUUUCUUGACCUUGUCCUGCCCGAACACCUGCCCAAAGAGGUCGUGGUUCCUCCCCCAGGCACCGUUGAACGCUUCUUCAUCAAACGUCUCGUUCGUCGCAUCGUGGCCCAGUGUCGUGGCGAAGCCCGGACCGCCAUUGACGAGUUAAAGCAGCUCAUGCAUCUCUGCUACAGUCAUGACCUCACAGUCCCCGUCAUUGAAGCUCAGCUAUCCAGCUCGCCUGCGCCGCGACCUCAAGGCCGAGCAUCACAUUUAUACACAGCAAAGCCCGCCCAUUCGCGAGACUGCCCCACUUUCGGCCUGGUUUGCCGAAACCCUGACAAACGCAGAGGGCGAGGCAGAACCCCGUGGUCACCAGCUGAUAUCUCUCCUUGCGACCGCCUCACCGGCAGCCGUUUUCAACCGAUACUGGUAGCCUCGGCCAAUGAUGACGGCGCGCUCCCUGAUUCGUUGCGGGAUGCCCUCAGUGCCGCGCCCAUUGAAGGCCUGGAAGUAGCUACGCUCAACUUCAACUCGGCCAUCGCGUCGGCACUCUGGCGCAUGCUGCUGGCCUACAAACUAGUAUCCAUCCCGACCCUUGCGACUUAUGUCGUCGACGAAGUGCUUCUGGUGGACCCUUACAAGUUCGUUCAAGUGUCUAAGAGUUGGUGCAAGGGCUAA